AUGACAACAAAAUUAGGUGGUGAAUAUUUAGGUGAAAAAUUACUAAAUUGUCAAUCAACAAUAGAUACUUGUGAAUUAAAUAAUAAAACAAUUGGCUUAUAUUUUUCAGCACACUGGUGUGGUCCAUGUCGACAAUUUACACCAAAAUUAGCUGAAGUAUAUAAGAAUGUGAAAUCGACAAAUCCUGACAUUCCAUUUGAUAUUAUAUUUAUUUCCGGUGAUCAUGAUCAGAAUGCAUUUAAUGAUUAUUACAAGGAUAUGCCAUGGAAAGCAUUACCAUUCGAAGAACAUGAACGGGCUGAUAAAUUGAAUGAAUUAUAUGAAAUUCAAGGUAUUCCAGCGUUGGUUAUCCUGAAGCCAGAUGGCGAAAUAUUAACAACGGAUGGCGAUGAUGAAAUUGUUACCGAUGGUCUCAUAGCCAUUAAUAAAUGGCUAGAAGGUAAAACAUUGUUAUGGGAAGCUGAUAUUAAAGAUUAUCCGAAAAAUACAUAUGUUUGGUCUUACAUUAAAUGUAACCAGUGCUAUGUGAAAUCAAUUGUUGGAAAUCGAUAUGGUUGUCCCAAACGUGAAUGUAAUUAUGAGUUAUGUGAAAAAUGUUAUCAAAACCAAACAGUAAAACAUGAACAUAAUCUAAUGGAAUAUUUAAUUCCUAAACAACAAUGUACAUUUGAAGAUUUGUUCGGAAAAAACUGUAUGUUACUUGAUCAAGAUAAACAAGUUAAAUUAGAUGAAACAAAUCAAAAAUAUAUUGCCUUGUAUUUUUCUGCUCAUUGGUGCCCACCUUGUCGUGAUUUUACACCCCUUUUAGCGGAGUUGUAUCUCAAAGCUGUCAAUGAGAAAAAAUUGCCGUUUGAUAUUAUAUUUGUUUCAAGUGAUCGUGAUCAGCAAUCAUUUGAUGAUUAUUAUAAAGAAAUGCCAUGGAAAGCUAUACCCUACAACAAUGAUCAAGUUAAAAUUCAGCUCAAAUCUUAUUUUGUCAUUCACGGUAUUCCGUCAUUAGUCGUUUUAAAACCUAAUGGUCAAGUUUUAACAACACAAGGUCGAAAAGACAUAGACAAAAAACAAUUAGAAGCCAUUGAAACAUGGUGUGAAGGUAAAAAGGUAGAAUAUCCAAAAUUAUCUAAAGAUGAAUUUGUAUGGCCAUCAGUUACAUGUGACGGAUGUCAAAUGUCACCAUUGGUUGGUGAACGCUAUUAUUGUAAAACAUGUGGUAAUUAUGAUUUAUGUGCCGGAUGUCAACAGAAAGGGCAUGAACAUGAAUUAAUGCCAGUACCACAACCAAAUGAUGAUGAUGAUGAAGAUUAG